CUCCAAUUCACCGCCAUGGCACGGAUGCUGCCAUCCCGACGAAGCAUCUCGAGCAAGGAACCCAAGGAGUUUCUUCAAGACGUCAUGACGCAGACGUUGGCGGCACUCCAGAAGAAGGACGUGUAUGAGCUCUUCGCGCGUCCCGUCGACGUUCGAGCGGUCCCAGACUACUUGGACAAAGUGUUGACGCCAAUGGACUUCUCCACGAUUCAGGAGAAAGUAUCGCGACGGCAGUAUGCCUCGUUUGACGAAUUCAAAGUCGACGUCGUCGUUGUGUUCAACAACGCGCAGAACUACAACAUGGAGCACACAGUAUACUUCCGUGAAGCGACAAAGCUCGCUCAGAUAGCAAAUGUGCUCUUCCACGACGCCGACAUCGCGUUGGACGCAAACAAGCGGCAGUACCGUGCAUACUCUUCGACUACAAGUUCAUCGACAACGAAGAAGCAAAACAACCUUUGCACCAUCGUUGAUGAGUCUGCGUCCAACGCCCCAGACACUGAAAUGGAGAUGGUCCCGCCGACAUUCGAUCUCGGCAUAUUUCAACCUGCAGAUCCACUGCCGCCACAGCAAGACGACUAUUUGGCUGAUAACGACAAAGAUGGCGACGAAUUGUUUCAUGACAUGUGUUCGCAGGACUUAGACGGAUAUCACACCGACGACAGCUACGUCUUCGAUGCUGUGAUUCAUGAUCCAGAACACGACCCACAUGAUGAUGCCAUUGCUGCGAAUGCCCUUCAAGGGGUCGAUGAUGUUUCGGACAUCGACUCGGACGACUCGUCGCUUAGUGAUGGGAUUGACUUCAUGGACGAUUUCGCGACUCGAUCAGGCGCUCGUGUCGAAGCCACAGCACCACCAUUACAAUGCCAUGGCCCUCCCGACAAAGAAAACAUCGUUCCAACUGUUUCCACGACCAAACAGGUCCGCUCCUUCCCUUAGCAUGUCGACAUUCCACUGAAAUGGAUACAGGCGCGGCAUCGGCAAGACAACUCAGGAUGGAUUCCGCGCAAGCGCACGACGGCGAGUGUGGCUCUGUCUCAGCCCGGUAAGCGCCUCUCGCCGUCAUCGUCGUCGGCGCCCAAGAAGACACCGUACAAGAGCAUAUUUGGACUGCAUCAGCCGCUCCCACCGCGGUCGCGGCAGGCGCUCAUGGACGUCUUCGUCGUCCAUCCCACGACGGACUCAUCAUGACCGCGUUUUCGCGCGCCGACGAUUCAACGUGAUAAUUUAAUGAAAUGUAUUCAGA